AUGAGAGGGAAGGGCAGCUCAAAGGAAACACAGCCAGAUACCCACAUCCAGGGUGGCCAAGGCCUGUUCAGCAGCUGGCCGGGGUGCCGAGAACGUGGUAAUGCUGCUCUCUCCUAUAGGACUGAAAGGGACUGCGAGGAUCCACCUCUUGGCAGUGAUGAAGGUGGCGUGUCCCAGAGUGGGAGGCAGCCAGCGAGGCUGUGUUCAGUUACGCCUUCAAAGCUAGAUCAGCACCCAGGCAGCUUAACUGUCUUUAACAAGGAAGAUUUUGAAGAGGACUGGGUAAAAGGGGCCAGCGGAGGCUUUGGGCAUGUCUAUCAAGUCAAGCACAAGAAGUGGAGGACAGUCUAUGCAGUGAAAUGCCCUCUGUAUCUGCUGCCGGACUCCAGCAUCUCAUCCUUUGGGCUAUCAAAAUGGAUGGAGCAGUCUAGCCAAAGGCAGUGCAUCGAAAGCUCUGCUUUGAGAGGCACUCUGAGCUACAUCCCCCCAGAAAUGUUUCUCCAGAAUACCAACCCUCCAGGAGCCAAAUACGAUGUGUACAGCUUCGGAAUUAUCAUUUGGGAGGUGCUUAUGCAGAAGAAACCUUAUGCAGGAGCCAAUACGACAGCCAUUAUAGCAAAGGUUGCAGCAGGAAGAAGACCCUGCCUAGAACCCAUCAGUGAUCGGCCAGGGGAAUGCCAACAGAUGGUUGACUUGAUGAAGAGGUGCUGGGAUCAAGACCCAAAGCAAAGGCCUGACUUCACAGACAUCUCUCUAGGAACAGACGUGCUGCUGUCCUUAAUACAAAGCCUGAUAAUAGAUCCAGAGAAUGAACAUCUUGUCAGGAAAAUAUCCCACAAGCCUACUGUCCCCAGGAACUAACAGGGAGUCCAAGAAGCCCUUGCCUUUUCUCGAGACACCAGCAGUAGUGAAACUGAUGGUCACGAGGUUCGUAUCCCAUCUUCUCGUAGUGAGACCAAAAGUCCAGAGGACAUCCUGUCUGAGGAGAGCUGCGGAGUCCGUGAAAAUGGCCUCACGUGACUUCAUCUCAUGGUGAUCCAGGGAAACGUGGAAAAAGUGAAGCUUCUCCUGAGCUGUAAAGCCAGUGUGAACAGCGAGGGAGUCAGUGGCUAUACCCCACUUGUUAUGGCUGUUCAGAGGAGAUCUCCCGAGAUCUGCUCAGUUCUGAUGGAGCAUGAUGCACACACCAAUACGCCAGGUUGGGAUGGCUGGAUACCUCUCCACCAUUCUCCUGCUCAGAAUGGAGAUGACAGGACUGUACGCUUCUUGCUGGACCACUAGGCCCGUGUAAAUGCGCAAGAGCGUGAUGGCUGGACCCCUCUCCAGUUGGCAUCCCAGAACAACUUUGACAAUGCAGCCCGAGUACUGCUGUCUCGCCAGGCUGGCUCUAACAUCCAAGGAGCUGAUGGGAAAACGGCUCUCCAUGUGGCAGCUUGCUUGGGCUUGGUUAAAUUGCUGGCCAGCCAAGGAGCAGACCUGGAAAAGAAGCAGCAGAACCUGGCACCACUUCAUGUUGCUGUGAAGAGGGGGAAGUUCAGCAUAGUCCAUUAUUUGUUGAAAAAUGGGGCCUAUGUCAACAGCCUGGAUCAGAAUCAUCACAGUGCCCUGCACCUGGCUGUGGUGAAGGGGAAGUAUAUCAUUUAUGAGAAACUCAUCAAAUAUGGAGCUGAUGUGGAGCUGAGGAUAGACAAAGGCCGGACUCCUCUGCACUGCAAAGGACACACUGAAAUCAUUCACCAGCUACAAGACAGCCACGCCAACCUCAAUGUCAAAGGAAGCAUGGACUGGACAGUGCUUCACUUGGCCACUCGCUAUAGUGAAGAGACAGUGGUCUGUGAGCUACUGAGACGUGGGGCAGAUCCCAAUGUUGCUGAGAAGACAGAGUGGGCCCCUCUCCAUUUUGCAGUCCAGCGAGGCUCUUAUCUGAGUGUCACCAGUCUCUUAGAGUGCAAGGCAGAUGUCUACGCUAAAAACAAAGUCGGUUGGACACCCUUGCAGUUUGCUGUCCUAGAGGGCAACAUAGCCAACAUAAAGACCUUGAUUAUGGCUGGUGCUCUGCUUGAUGUGGAAGAUAUCACUGACUGCACAGCCCUCCAGUUGGCCAUUAGACAUCAGAGAGAAAAUAUCACUACAUUGCUUCAGGGGACAGACUCACCAGUGAAUAGAUAAGGGAAUAGGACUGUGGUGAGUGAUGCAAAGAUAUCAAGAACCAAAUUUGUUCCAGGAAGGAUAGAACUGUAG